CGCCGCCCACUGUUCUCAGCGAAGGAUUCGAUCAAAGCUAUUGUAAGGCCCUGAAACCCUAAAUCUCCGAUUCCCUCCUCGAAUUCUCACCCAGUGCAUCUUCUUCUCCUGCAUUCACGUGAAUCUGUAAUCUCUGGAUGGAAAAUGGCUGAAUCAAAGCCUGCCAUGAGAAAACCGGAGUUUACUAAGGUUAACCAGCUUAGGCCUGGUACUAGUGGCCAUACGCUCACAGUGAAGGUGGUGAGUUCAAAGACAGUGCUGCAAAAGGGGCGUGCCGCCGGUUCCCAGGUUCGUCAGAUGCGUCUAGCAGAAUGUCUGGUGGGGGAUGAAACUGGAAUGAUUGUCUUCACAGCCAGGAAUGAACAAGUGGAUCUGAUGAAGCCAGAUACAACUGUAAUACUCAGGAAUGCAAAGAUCGACAUGUUUAAAGGAUCGAUGAGGCUUGCUGUGGACAAAUGGGGCCGUAUAGAAGUCACAGAUCCAGCCAAUUUCACAGUGAAAGAGGACAACAAUCUGUCUUUGAUCGAGUAUGAACUGGUGACCGUUGUUGAAGAGUGACCAAGAUAUGGCUACCAGAGCCAGUUUCGGCAGAGUGUCUCUUCUCUCUUGAUGCUUUGUUGAGGUUGCUCUGCUGAAGUCUCUUUAGGCCAUACGAUAAAGACUUGGGUAAGAUCAUGAUGAAGUUACCAUCUGGAGAUUAUAAAACCCAAACCCUGUCAAUGGAGGUACUGCUCGCUGUGAUCACCAAUCUGGGGAGAAGGUUUGGUAAUUGCAUAAUAUCACUCCUAUCUAGAUAUUGUGUAUUUUAGAAUUUCAUGUCAGUUACUCAUGGUUUUAAAUUCGAUGAUGACAAUUUUUCUUUUU